AAAGCACUCCUGCCAUCCCAUUGAUGAUGACGAGCAUGGGGACGACCUUUGCCCCGAUCACCACGGUAGGAUCAAUUGGCAUGAUCCCAAUCAUGUCAACCCCUACUCCUACGCCAACGACAACAAUGUUCCCAGGCUCGAUAACAACGCCUGGGGGAGCAUUCACACCAUACCCGUCAGCUUGGGCACAAUUUGCUGCUGACCCGGCAAAUGCUCAGGCUCUACAGGGCUAUCAACAGGUGAUGGCCAUGAUGCUCAGGCUCUACAGGGCCAUCAUGCCAUUUGCCUAUCCUGGCAUGAUGCCACCGAUCAUGCCAGCCCCGGUGUCGACUCCAUCAACAUUCGUUCCGAGGAUGGUCCCUGUGCGCCCGGUGAAUUUGAAAGGGAUUAUGAAUGAGGCAGCGCCCUCAAAUGUGCAUGAGGUCGAUGAGGCGGAGCAAGAGGUGGCCCGAAGAAGGAAGGGUAAGGCUAUAGCCAAGCCCAGGAAAACUCGGGAUUCAACGUUCAAACGCCUAGGGGACAAGGAAGAUGGACCCCGCAAGUCUGCCAAGCUACGUCUUGGUCCUGAGAUGGGCCGGACUAGCGCAAUGGAAAGACUUGGCGGGAGUUGUCACGCCCAAUCUCGUCGUUCUAGGGAAUCUGAGACGAUUCACCAAGACGAGGAGGAAGCAGAAAGCCAGCCCAGAGCUUCGACAUAUACCAGGCUCUCAUACAAUGAGGAUGACCUGGACAAGAUAGGGAGCGUAGCAAGAAAGCUAUGUGCCCUGGAGGAAAAGGUGGAAGAGAAGGCGGGAGCGAAAAAGCACACCCUGGCUAAAUCUCCCUUUUCGGCUAGGGUACAUGCGCAGAAGUUGAGACGGAAGAUUAAGCUCGACGUGGAGAAAUUCACAGGAAAGGAGGAUCCAAACGUCCACCUUGACACCUUCCACAAUGCAGCACAGAUGGCCGGGUGCACUGAUGCUGAGGAAUGCCUACUCUUCUUCUCAUCCUUGAGAGGGAGGCCAGUGGAAUGGUUUAACGGCCAUCCCCAUGGCAGGAUUGGGUCCUUUGAGAAACUUGCCAAAGUUUUCUGCAAGAAGUAUCAGGACAACUGCAUCAAGAGGAAGAAGUUCACCUACCUUAACAUGGAUACAAAGGUGAAAACCAACAAGCCGAAGAAAGACGACCAGACGGGAGGGUCCAAACCAAAGGCCACGUAUGACGGGUCUGUCCAUCAAAUAAGGGGCGAGAAGAAAGGAGAACAACCCAAGCGGCCUUGGACAGAGAAGUGGUGUACCUACCACCAAUCCGACUCCCACAAUACGGCGGAUUGCCGAAAUGUCAAGGCUGUGCUCAAGGAGAUGGCCUUGAAGGGAGAGCUUGGGGAAGGUUAUGCGACGGGAAACAAGAAAGAUCCGAAAGCUAACACCUGGACCCGUCCUCAAGAAAAGGAUCAAGGAAGGAGGAAAGGCAGGGAUAACAACAAGCCGGAUAAAGAAUUCAUAGAGAUGAUUGUCGGCGGCCUAGAUGGCGGGGACACUGCCUCCCAGCGGAAGAACUGGGCCAGGAGCUUGCACGUAGUGGUGAUUUCCCUGGAAUCACAAGGGAAGCAGGCAAGGAGGGAACCUAUCACUUUCAUUGAUAGGGAUCUGCCCAGGACGGGGGGAGAUCAUAAUGACCCUUUGGUCAUUACAAUGGACAUCAAUGGAGCUAAUGUGGCCAGGGUCCUUGUUGACACAGGAAGUAGUGUCAAUGUUCUAUACUUGAACGCUUUCAUGAAAUUGAAACUGGACAGGUCCAUGUUGAGGCCAUUGCAAACUCCAUUGUCAGGCUUCACUGGAGCUAGCAUAGAAGUGGAAGGUCCGAUCACCUUACCGGUUACCUUGGGGUCGGGUAACAGGACAGUGACCAAACAAAUGAGAUUUGUUGUGGUCGAUAUCAAGUGUGUGCAUAAUGCCAUUCUGGGUAGGCCUGGAAUCAACCAGGCCAGGGCCAUCAUAUCUGUGGCACACUUAUGCAUGAACUUCUAUACUCCCAAUGGGAUCGGGGAGGAAAGAGGUGAUCAGAAGAAUGCACGGUCCUAUUACCUAGAAGCGGUCAAGAAGAUGACCCGCCAAUUUGAGCAAGUUGAGUUAGUCUCCCAGCAGGUGGACAAGGGUGAGGAGAAGGCCAGGAUCGAGCCGGAUGCAAAUACGGAGGAGAUCCAGAUUGACAUCUCUAAUCAAGAGAGGAAGGUCAGGAUCGGGGAUGAUCUUCAAGAAGAGCUAAGGACUGAGAUUGUCCAGGUGCUGACCAGGUAUAAAUCAUUAUUUGCCUGGAGUGUUGCUGAUAUGCCCGGAAUUGACCGGUCAGUCAUUUGCCAUCGUCUCUCUGUUCUUGAGGGGUCUAGGUCCGUAAGGCAGAAAAAGAGAUUCUUGGCAAGUGAACGGAGGGAUUUUGUGAAGAAGGAGGUCAAGGACCUACUUGAGGCUGCUCAGUGCGUCAAUGCAUCGCAUAAGUACGAGCUGGAGCCUUCCCGGACUGAGUGCUCUGUGCCGGCCUUUUCGGUUGAUUGGACACCGCUACCGACUUCUGACUCGGUGCAGGCUGGGCUGUUGGAGCUGAGGCUGCGGCUGCGGGCGUUGUCGGGAACGCCUCACCAGGGUUCGUCGGGCAGUUCCUGCGGUAAUGCCCGCCCUGUCCACACCCAAGGCAUAGGCCCUGAGUGAACCAGAACUCGCCGGAGUGCCUCCGGCCGUAGAGGUUGCAGAUCGAGUUCCGAUAUCCGCCCUGACUCUGGCUCUUCCCACU